AUGGAGUACGGAACUACGGUUGUUGAGGGACAGAGACUGACACGGCGAGUUCUUGUGACUGGUUCAUUGGAUUACCUCCAGCGCACCGGAGAGGAAGAUAAACUGUCAAAAGAGAAGAAACGAGGCGCGCUGCGCCAAGCCGUGACCACUUUCGCUGACACCACCACGGCUCAUGGCCUGCCACUGAUCAUCAACGGUACCUACACAGUAAGCCGGAUCGCCUGGUCUGUGAUAUGGCUGAUUGCUUUCGGUCUUGCGAUCCUACAGUCUACCCUACUGCUCGUAGAGUACUUCCAAGUCCGGCCUCUAACAACAACCAUCGAACUGAUCACCAAGACCAACCUGGACUUCCCAGCCGUGACUGUGUGCAACAUGAACCGCAUGCGACGCUCCAAGCUGGUGGGUACUCGCUUUGAGGGCCUGAUUGCUAUCGACGGGGGAGUUCAAGGGGAGGAUUACGACUAUUCCUGGUUCUUCGACUGGUCGUCCCUGGAGUGGUUUGAUCGGUGGGAUUCAAGAGGCGAGCCGUCCUCUUCUCCUGAUGGCAACAGCUUGCAAGAUUCCUCACCGGUAAAUUCCGAACCGGAUGACAGCACAGCUGGCGGGAUCGGGUCUUCAGAGUCGAUCCCUGGGGUUGGGGGCGAAAGUGAUGUUACGCCACAAGGCUCAGGCGGAGCCACUGUCGGUGGUAGUAGCGUCGAUGGAACGGAUGGGUCAGAUUCGGUACGCGGUGCCGGUGAUGACGAUGACGGCAUGUCCAGCGACACCAGCACCUCAGGUCCAAGUCACGUAGCUUCAAACGGAGAAGGUGACAAUCCCAGUACAGCUGGCGAUAGUAUCGAUGAAAUGAGUAGUAUCGAUAACGAGAGCAGCCUCCCGGGUGGAAGUUCUAACACCCCCUCCCAUGAUGUAGAAAAGGAGGAAGCAUCUUCAACCGCUCCGCCUCAUUCUUUGAAUACGCAUGCUUCGACCUCCUCUGGAAUAUUUCCUGUAACACAGGUCAACUCACCUGACUCCAGUAGCUCCCAAACGACCACUGAUCCUCCAGGGAGCGAAACUGUGGCACCAGGCCAAGAGAGAGACAGCGACGGGGCUUCUUCCUCGUUUAAUCCCGGAGAGGAAUCCGACACUUCCAUCCUCGAUUCUGAACGCAGGAGGCGGUCCGUCAGCUCGAGACAGGAGCGGCAGCGGCGCACGCUCUCCUCUUCCACCGAGGAUUUCUGGUGGGAGAGCGAUGACUUCGAGUACGACAGCUACUACAACUGGGAUGGGGUGACGGACGAGAACGACUGGAGGGGAUUCUACGACAGAUCGACGGCGGACGACUUCAGCGACUUGAUAGACAUCGCCAACCCCACACGAGAAGAACUGGAGGUGCUAGGACACCAGGCACAAGACUUUAUUCUGCAGUGCACCUUUGACAAACGAAACUGCAGUUACAGGGAUUUUAGAGUGUUUCAGAACACGGAUUACGGCAAUUGUUUCACUUUCAACCACGGUACGGGGAACAGCAAGGUCCGGACGACCAGUAGAUUCGGAGCGAAAUAUGGUUUGCAUGUGACGUUGUUCAUAGAGCAACCUGAAUACCUGGGCAUUUUCUCACCGGAGUCCGGAGUACGGCUGACAGUACACGGACAACGGACGAUGCCGCUGCCGGAAGAUAACGGCAUCACGGCGGCAGCUGGCCUAGCUACGUCCGUCGGGAUGAGACAGGACUUCAUUAGCCGCCAACCCUUUCCGUAUGGCAAUUGUAGCGACAGCUUUGAUACCAGAUUCAACGUGACUGCUGGGGAUUACGACUACUCGCUGAGUGCGUGCACCAAGUUUUGCUUGCAGUCGGAGAUGCUGAGCCGCUGCGGUUGCGUCACCGACAUCUUGAUCUACUCCGCUCUGAAGUGUAGCUACCUCAACACCACACAGCAAACAUGCAGACGAGCUGUUGAAAAUCUCUACGAGGAUAACAAGCUGCAAAGCUGCAAGUGUUUCUCGGCAUGCAGAGAGACAACUUUCAAGCUUGGCGUGUCGUCGUCCCGUUGGCCCUCCGAAAGAUAUGAGGAGCAUCUGUACUCUCGCAUCUCAGCAACAAACGAGAAAGCUGCAAGAUUGAUGCAAGAGGUCGAGCAGACUAGGAAGAAUCUUGUCCGUCUUAGGGUUUAUUUCGAGGAGCUGAACUACCAGUCGAUCAUACAGACACCAAAGUAUAGUGUCGAGACCCUCCUGGGUAGUCUGGGCGGGCUGUUCGGCCUGUUUAUCGGGUUUUCCGUCAUCACCAUUUUCGAAGUGGUGCUCUUCUUACUCAAACUUCUCAAGAUCUUCUUUUUCUGGGGCCAGCCAUGCCACAGACGUGAGAUCAAGCCUGUUAUAAGCUAAA